CGUGAGGUCAACUGAGCACAGUGCGCGUGCGUACGUCACAAAGGGCGGAUUACCCUGCCACAUGCGUGAUUCACAACUCUCAACCCUCGGUCUUACAGCUGCCACCGUUGUAACCUCUCACCUACCUCCAGCGCCUCUGUGACCAACUGCUCGAGUGGAAACACAACCUUUUACAAGUCCCGCCGAGAGUUUGUGCUGACCUCGCACAGGUCAACUGAACGGCUUACGAUACGUCACCCACAGGCGCGUGACGUACCGCCCUCGUCAGACUGCAGCUGCUGGUGUAACGUACACGUCAGGUCCGCAGGGUGGUGUGCACUCGUCUGUUAAUGUCAGGGUUACGAAGCUAACCUGCGCCGGCGAUACGUCACUGACUGUAACAGUGAUGGCGGUGAUGGUGUGAGACAGCGACAGCCGACAAUUGAAAUAUGGAAUAUUCUGUGACAGUGUCAGCCAUACUCCAGUGACAGUGACAGCGACAGUUCAGAUUAGGUCACAUGUCUGUGACAGUGAACAUCAAGGAUACGAAGCAAGUAGUCGGAGGAUACUCGUCCUCGCUUUAAUGUGAAGACUGUGGUGACGUGGAGAGACGAAGAGUAGCUGUGCCUACAAGGCUAGACCCUGUCUACACAUGGCGAUGUGCACGUGCCGUAUAGUCAGCAGAUAAGUGUUGUAGACGAGCUACAGCGAGAAGAAACUUCAAACAAUGUUGUGUACGACACUUGCUAAUCUGUCAGACAGCAUCUACAUGGUGUUGUGCUUGUAAACACUGUAAACACUGUAAACACGUUCUUCACCUGUAUUCACCUGUAUUACAUGUAUUCACCUGUUUUCACCUUUUGCCGGUAAACUGUCUCUGGACUUGUUGCCGCUGCAGCAUCUGCGCAGUCUUACUGGAGUUCCUCAAGCGGAGUGUAGAGGGAGAUGUAGAUAAGACUGAAGGCCGGCAGGACGUCUGCUGCACCAAGAACACACCGAGGCUGGUGUUUAGCCGAGGGUCUUGUGUGCUAGCAGCCAUAAAACCUCCUUUGUUCGUGUCUAGCUUUUUGUUUGGUAGAAGAAUAAUCCGUAUUGCCCUCCAUUUCUUUUAUUAACACAAUACUCACUGGGGCCAUCGAUUCCUCUUGCUCACUUGACGUUUAAUGUCGAGGUAGCUGACCAUGCUUCACGGCUUCCAGACGCCAUGCUCGUGUAGGUGAGACUCUGGCAGCCGAUGGAGGCAGCUGACCACAGCGGACACGGUCAGUGCACAGCCGCACCACGUACGUGUAUAGGGACACAGACUGAUGGUCACACAGUGCACAGACAUUUCCACCUCUGCACAUCGGAAAGACCUUAGGCAACGCAAGAUUGGAACGACGAGGGAAGAGGCAGAGACGGUGUGAGCCGACAGCAGACAGGAAAGAGCGGAAGAAGACGUCAGGUAGGAAAGGACGUCAGGAAACGACUCCGUGCAUCAGACAGGAAAGUGUCAGGAGGCGACAUUCUUACACCCGCCAGGUAAAGACUCAGAAGGUAACGACAAGCAUCACGCAGGAAGGAGCGUCAGAAGACAGACAUCAGACAGGAAGGAGCGUCAGAAGACGGCAGGAAGGAGCGUCAGAAGACAGCAGGAAAGAGCGGGAAAAGACAACACACAGCAAAGCCGCGUCGUGAGGUUUUUGGAGGCUGGCACGAGCAGGCCAAAGUCGCACGUGUAGCGUUACAGAGCCAGGCACGCGCGGGCGGCUGGAGGAAGGCAGGAGGAGCAGGAGGCGGGAGGAAGGAGGACGAGUGUCUGGGCGCACGGCGCGGCCGGCGAGGCUGUUGAGAGUCAUUAUGUUGUUGUGAAACGCUAGAGGCAGCUGUGCAGCUCGCUGCAGCAGCGGUGGUGGUGAUGUGUUGAACGUGCUGUGCGGCGGCUAGUGGAGGCGCGCCACUCUCAAGCUGCCGCCGUGCGGUUCGUGCUGUGGGUGUAGUCGUCGUUGUUGUCGUCGUCGCUCUUCGUCUUUGUCGUCUGCUGCUGCUGCCUCUCAUGCCACGCGUGGAUUUAUAGCUGAUCACAUUCUCCUGUCAGCCACCUGCUGGGCAGCAACACGAGGAAGAUGUGGCGACAUGCGCAACAAUCGCUGGCUCUCUGGUUGUGGACGGCGGCAGUGGCGUUUGGAAUACUCUCAGAAAAGGACUGUGACGUCACGAUAGCUGCUGCCAACGGCGCCCCCAUCAACGCCACCUUCACGUCUCCCGAGUACCCGUCCUUCUACCCGAACAACGUGCACUGCAUCUACAAGUUCAUAGGACAUGAGGACCAGAGGGUUCGCAUCCGCUUCAACUCCUUCGCGUUGCAAGGGCGGUACCCGACGUGCGACAACGACUACGUCGACGUGUUCGCCGAGCUGCAGAAGGAAAGCGACGACCUGCUGGACGCACGGCUGACCGGCCGCUUUUGUGAUGAGGGGAAGGACAACCUGCCUCGCCUGAUCGUCUCCACCAACCAUGUUCUCAUCCUCUCCUUCUUUACAAACGCCGCCAAGACCAACAAAGGCUUUGAAGGCACAUACCAGUUCCUGGAUGAUAAACUGUCUGUUCCAGAUAUUUACCAGAUCGGAACAGAGGCUCCACCCAAGUUGUGUGGCUUCAACAUACGCAGUGAAAGCAAACUGACGGGGUACAUAGUGUCGCCAACGUACCCAGGAAUGUACCCUGACAAUCAGUACUGUUAUUACAAACUUCAGGGGAAGCCGGGGAUGAGAAUUCGCUUAGUGUUCGAAGAGUUUGUGUUAUUCCAUGGUGGCGAGUAUUGUCCGUUUGACUUCGUCAAGAUCUACGAUGGCUACACCAAGGAGGCGCCGGUGAUCGGGACGUUCUGCGGCAACUACAACUCCUCCACCGUCCUCUACUCCACCGCCGAGGCGCUGCAUGUGGAGUUCGUCACGGGUCAAGGCCGUGUGCUGUUCGGCAAGCCCGUCAUGGACCAGGAGGCCGACUUCAAGUUCGAGCGAAAGGGAUUCAACAUCACCUACGAAUUCAGCGACCAGUUCGUGGAUCUGGGGUUUAUAACAGUUGAGGCCUCUCAUAUUCUCGGCACAUUGUGUGACCAGCGAAUUAUGAGCAGGAAGGAGUCCAACGGAAGUAUAUUCUCGCCCAAGUACCCCAAGCCCUUCCCGGAGGGAAUCGUGUGCCACUACUACCUGGACGGCAUGAUGGACCAUCAGAACCUGGAGAAGGUCAGGGUCACGUUCACGGACUUCUCAAUCCCGGGCAACAUGCCAUACUGUGCGAUUGGGUACAUCGGACAGCUGCGAGACCGGUUGAGCGAUCGGGGGGACGUGGAGGAGAAAUUCUGUGGCAUCAUCAGGCCCCCGACCCUCCUGAGUAACGGGCCGCGCAUGAUCCUCGCCCUCAACACUCACGGGGCCAUGCGGGGGGGACACUUCGUGGCGCACUACAAGUUCAUCACAGAUUACGACAUCGAAGGGAAGCCUAUUGUUGACGGCGAAUGCAAGUUUUUGUAUGAGAGCAGCAAAAUGAAAACAGGGGAAUUCAACUCCCCACGACAUCCAGCGAGGUACCCAAACAACACAGACUGCGAGUACAUCCUGGUGCCCUUGCAGGGAGAAGUCCUCAUCAUCAACUUUGAAGUCUUCAUCCUCCCAGACUCACAGUCUGGGGAUCCAGACUGUACCAGGGCGGACUACGUGGCGAUAUAUGAAGCCAUUGGACGCCGCAACAACUACACCCUCACCGAAAAAUACUGCGACAAGGAUGUCUUCCCCUCCCCCUACGCCACAUCCAACGAGGUCAAGGUCAUUUUUCAUUCCAACGAAGUGGAGUCCAGCGUCGGCUUCAAAGCCACCUACAGCUUCGUGCCGACCUCAGAGCUGCAGGACAGGUGUCGCGCCAAUCAAAUCAGCGGUCAGGGCACAGGGGACGUAAUCACCAGCCCCCUGUAUCCACGCAAGUACCGGGCCCUGACAGUGUGUGAGUGGACCAUCCGCGCUAGUCGCUCCUUCAACAAGAUUCUCGUGGAACUUCCGGAUUUAAACAUGGAGGGCUUCUCUAAUCACUGUCAACACGCCGUAUUAAAAAUUUACGACGACAGGACCGCGUACAAGCCGAUGGCCUCCCUUUGUGGCAAGAAGGUGGACGGGUCCUUCAUGUCUGCCUUCGACUCACUCACAUUAAGGUUUAUAACAUCGCCCGCCUCACUGGGAGCCAGCGGCUUCCAGCUGUCAUGGACAGAGAUUCAUACACAAGAAAACUGUUUAGGCUUUGAGUGCAGCAAGAACAAGUACUGCAUCGCCGAGAGUCUGAAGUGCAACAAGCAGCCGAACUGUGGCACCGGAGACACAUCGGACGAGUCAGCCGAAUGUAUGUACGGUCCAAAGAGCGGCGGCUUCCAGAUUCUCCACAUCGCCAUCGGCACCUCCAUCUCCUCCUUCUUCUGCAUCAUCCUCCUUAUUUGCGGCUUCUAUCACCGGCGGAAAUUCCGCACAGAGAGGGCGCCACCGGACCACGACCACGUGGAAGUGCGCUACGUGUCGGCCCCCACGGGCUGCAACACCACGGACAGGCUCCUGAUGGAGGAGCGCGCUGACCAGAACAAUGCCCGCGUGACGGACAGUCCGCGCUGUCAGAAAGUGUCCAUGGAGAACGGUCAUCACCAUUACACACAGCACUUCCUCCUCGAUGCAUGACACUGACAUGGCACGGCGUGGCACGGUGAUAGCACGAGACAUUCAAGAUGGCCGCUGACACCGACGAGGAGGUGUCAGUGGCGCUAACGAUCUCGACGACGCACUCUCCGGCUGUUGCGUGCACUCCCUUGCACCCACUUCAAGUCAUCGUCUGACUUUUCACCCCCUGUCUCCAACAAAUCGCCCUUUCAUCUUCCCGGCAGCAUAUUCCAGAACAAAAGGCCCCCGCCAUUACAAUACUAUUUUUAGAACAACGGUGAACGCUUGUCAGCUUUUGUUGCUGUUCACAGCUCACUGACCGUGACGGAGUUCUG